CAGAGAACCUCAGUCAGCUUUAAACUCUCUGAAAAAUGAUUCAAGAUGUAAGAAAACAUUCAGCUGCUCAGAGUGUGGGAGGAGAUUUGACCACAAGGGAAGUCUGAAUAGACACAUGAUAACUCAUACAGGAGAGAAACUUUUCAGCUGCUCAGUCUGUAAGAAAGGUUUUACACAGAGUGGAAGUUUAAAAAAACACAUGAGAAUCCACACAGGAGAGAAGCCUUUCAGCUGCUCUGAGUGUGGUAAAGCGUUCACUGAAAAUGGACAACUGAAGACACACAUGAGAACUCAUACGGGAGAGAACCAAUUUAACUGCAGUGUGAAUGGUUCAAGAUGUAAUGCUGAUGAGAAAACCUUUAGCUGCUCGGAGUGUGGUAAAAUAUUUGGAACCAAGGGAAGUCUGAAGAAUCACAUGAUAAAUCACAUAGGAGAAAAAGCUUUCAGCUGCUCCAUCUGUAAGAAAUCUUUUACACGGAGUGGAAAUUUACAGACACACAUGAGAAUCCACACAGGAGAGAAGCCUUUUAGCUGCAGUGUAUGUCACAAAACAUUUGCCUGGCAUUCGCCAUUCAAAACACACAAAUGUCAACGGUCCUCACAGCUUCAUCAGGGUCAGAGUGAGGAGAACAGCGAGGCAGAGCCUCAGUCAGGUUUAAACUCUUCAAAAAAUCAGUCAAGAUGUAGUGCAGAUGAGAAACAAUUUAGUUGCUCUGAUUGUAAGAAAAGAUUCGGAACCAAGGGAAGCCUGACGAGACACAUGAUAACUCAUACAGGAGAGAAACCUUUCAGCUGCUCGGUCUGUAAGAAGUCUUUUGCACGGAGUGGACAUUUACAGACACACAUGAGAAUCCACACAGGGGAUAAGCCUUUCAGCUGCUCAGUGUGUGGUAAAGCUUUCACUGAAAGUGGACAACUGAAAAGACACACAAGAACUCACACAGGGGAGAAGCAGUACAGCUGCAGUGUUUGUGACCAAAGAUUCACUUGUCCUCGGCAGCUCAAAAAACAUAAAUGUGUUGGUCGUAAGGCGUCACAGCUUCAUCAGAGUCAAACUGAGGAGAACAGAGAGGCUGAUCCUCCAGCCAGCAGAGAAACUCAACACAUGGAAACAGAAGCUGAUGGAGAGGAUUCUGGAGGACCAGAACAUCCACAUCCACUUUUACAACCAGAUACAGGAGAUAGUGUUGUUAGUGAUUCUUGGAAGGAGACCAGAGAAUGUCCUCAAGGUUUUAACUCUCUGGAACCUGGUGCAUGUAAUACUCACAAGAAAUCAUUCAGCCUCUCUGAGUAUGGGGAAAUAUUUGGCAAGAUUUGGUGUGUGAAAAGACGCGUGAGAAUCCACACAGGAGAGAAUCCAUUCAGCGGCUCAGGUUUGUUUUAG